CUUCGCUUGCGUUUGAUCAAUGACGGGACAGUGGGAGCCUGGAGAAUUCAUCUUCACGCCUUCAAUCCCUAAGUAUUUUCAAAGAUUACCAAAAUCUAUACCUUUUCCAGUAAACUUCACGGCUCGUAUUCUAUUUUUAUUGGCCAUAAUAUAUCCUUAGUCUUGCCUGAAUCCUUUAAUUAUUGCGCAACGCUCAAAAGGGCGCGAAGAUGCGAUAGCUAGGUACCUAGCACCUAAGCACCAAUAUAUAAAACGCCAACCGCCUCACAACCAUCUACAUGAUUUUCUUCCUCGUCUCUAUCUUAUAACAUCGCCCUUAAUCAGCCACUUUAUCCUUGCAUAAGACUAAUCAAGACGACUACAUACGUAGCAUCGCGGAUUACCCGUUUGGAGUACAUGAGAGCUUAGACGCAUGUACGAAGUUGACCGGUUGUACUUUGAAGAUAAGCCUGGUGUAACGAAAUCCGCGGUCUUUCAUUUAAGACGGAUAGAGAUUCGACGAGGAGUUGACGGACUUAAUAGUCCCUUCAUAUAUCCAUCGAAGAAUUAGACCAAUUUGAUUAUUCAAGACUUGACAUUUCACAAUGGCGUCUAAUAACGACGAUGGGAAUGACAGGAACGACACCGAUUCCGUCUCUCCCGAUUCUGCCAGUGAGACGACUCCGCUUCUAGUAGUAUCGCCUGUUGCGACGAUAAGCGGGAGCGAUACGCUAGCCGGGGAGGACGGCGAGUCUUAUAGACUUCUCGACAGGCCCGAGGACAAGCCACUACCUAGGCUUCAGAUAUUCCUGCUCUGUUAUGCGCGCCUCGUCGAGCCUAUCGCGUUCUUCUCCAUCUUCCCGUACAUCAACCAAAUGGUACAAGAGAAUGGCCACUUGAACGAAGAAGACGUAGGCUUCUACGGCGGACUUAUCGAGUCCCUCUUCUCGCUCACACAGAUGAUCGUGAUGAUGUUCUGGGGGCGAGCAGCCGAUCGUUGGGGCCGCAAGCCCGUGCUCGUAUCUUCCUUGCUCGGCGUCUCUAUUUCGGUCUCCCUGUUCGGGCUUGCGCGCUCUAUCUGGCAGAUGAUUGCGUUACGGUGUCUAGCCGGUAUCUUCGCCGGUACCGUUGUCACCAUUCGCACCAUGAUCGCCGAGCACAGCACUCCGCACACCCAAGCGCGCGCCUUUAGCUGGUUUGCCUUCACUAGCAAUAUCGGCAUCUUCCUCGGUCCUCUCAUCGGCGGCGCGCUCGCGGACCCUGCGCAUCAGUACCCCUGGGCGUUUAGCGGCGUGCCAUUUUUCGAGGAAUAUCCCUAUGCGCUAUCAUCUAUUGUCGUGGGGUGUAUCGGCUUGACGGCUGUAUUUACCAGCGCGCUUUUCAUCGAAGAGACAUUGGAUCGGAGCAAGAUCCCGAAUGCAGACUCUAGCGAUGGCGAAGCAGGCGCAGCGCCCAAACCGGAAUCAACUUCUACACUACACCUCCUGAAAGCCCCGGGUGUUGGCAUUGUGUUGUAUAAUUACGGACACGCGAUGCUCCUCGGAUUUGCAUAUACUGCAAUCGUGCCCGUAUUCUGGUAUACGUCUGUAGAACACGGCGGCUUUAGUUUUACCCCUUUACAAAUUUCUCUAUGCAUGGGUCUAACUGGUGUAUCCCAAGCGUUAUGGCUCCUCUUAGUAUUCCCGCCGCUACAGCGCAGGUACGGAACCAACGGUGUUCUACGCGCCUGUGGUAUCGCAUACCCGUUAUUUAUCGGUGCUAUGCCGUUCUUAAACCUCAUUCUAUAUCAAGGAACUCCCGCCUCCAACACUGCGUUCUGGAUCAUAGUCCCUAUCAUGCUAGCGCUCGGUCCGGGUGUCAGUAUGGCCUUCACGGGGGUCCAACUUGCGCUAAAUGACGUGUCGCCAUCUCCAGUAACUCUAGGCACGCUCAAUGCCUUGGCGCUGACCAUCACGAGUGGCCUUCGCGCUUUUUCCCCUUUGCUCUUUACUAGUCUGUUUGCUAUCAGCGCCAAGUACGAACUUGUCUGGGGUUAUCUCGUAUGGUUGAUCUUAACUAUCAUUGCUGCUGCUUUUACUGUCUCGACGAGGUUCUUGCCGGCAGCUAGCGAGAAGGAUUACGACCGCGAGGUGCUAUUGGGGCGAGAUGUAGACGACGAUGAUUAAGAUCAAAUUACCCGAUAAUGAGGGGGCGUCGAAAUAUGCAGGUUAGCGUUUGUUCACUUUGAUUGACAUAAAAGUCGGGAUAUAGGGUAGUUCGGUAAAAUUGAAAACAUCAAGAACUACCAAUCAAGGGUAGUGACUAGGUACUCAGAGCCGAUUGUUAUUUAGAUUUACGUCGUUGG